AUGCCCCGCAACCAUCCUCCGGGCGCCUCGACCCUCAGAAAUCGCAACCGGAUUACAAACAAAAGCCGACUCAAAAUCCUCUUUGGCAACAUUGAGGGUGAUGCCUUGCUCAUCCCGGACGAGGACGAGGAGAAACACCGUCUCACCAAUUUGGUUGCCGGCGUCGAUGCUGAGGACGCCAAUGAACAUCAUUUGCAGGAGGUUCUGUCGGCGACGCAGCAGCAUGGGCCUUCAAGACCGACGCGAGGUGCUGCAGCGAGCCAAGCGCCUGCUUUUAUCCCAACUCCAGAUUCGACCGGAAUCGUCGACAACUACGAAGAGCUGUACCCUUCCACCCGGUGGAAGGAUCCCACGACUUACGUAUGUACAUCCCAGAUUGUGGAGGAAGCCAUUACGAACGGUCUCGCGAACGGUUUUACGUACUACAUUGAUGAGCGGGACAAAGAAUGGCUUGAUAAGAAUAACGAGGAGGCUCGUGGUGAGGGCACCAGCGCUCAAGGCGCAAUAUCUACUUCCUCCACAAGGACUUCUGCUCGAAGUGCAAAGGUCAAGGGCAAGGAGCCCGAAUCCUCCCUGCCUAUAGUGAUAUCGGAGGAUGAGUUCGAACUAGUCAUGGGAUUGUUCGAGAAGGUGACGCAUGAAAGGACAGAGUUUCUACAUCAUAGUUUCGACGUGGGAAUGGCGUUCCCCGCAUUUUCAGAUUAUCAGGAUGCCUUUGCUUCUCCGUUGACAUCAGCGACUUUUGCAACUUACAUUGUACCCGCGUGGAUACCUCCGCCGGCGACGCUCCUUCGGAUAGCACGCGCUAUUUAUCCUUACUGGAAGGAGCGUCGUACUGAACGAGAGGGUCACAGAAUAAUCCCUACCCUCAACGCUGACGAAUCGGAUACAGCCAAUGAGUCAUACAUCUGCUUUCGGCGACGAGAAAUAAAGGCUGUCCGAAAGACUCGAGCUUCUCAGGCAACGUCGUCUGACAAGCUCGCUCGGCUACAUGCAGAGCUUUCUUAUCCUCUUGAAAUGGCAAAGGCUAUUCUCACCCGAGAAAAUCGAAAGAGAGAAUGUGCCCACCAAGCGCAGGCGGUUUGGGAGAAAAGACUUGCCUUUGUCGAUCUCAAACGCAGGUUCCCUGCAUUUGUCGACAAGGCCGACGAUGAGCUUCUGAUUGACAAGGAAAAACCAGGGAAGAAACCUGAUGCAUCUCGCGUAACUGGCCUCAAAAUUGGAGUAAACGAUCUUGGCAUCCCUCUAAUUCGUCCAGAAAUAUCAAUCAAGCCCAAGGAACGCCUAUCUGCGAUCUCCCACCAAAUAGAGACUAUCCUUGCCCGACAACGAGACAUAGAUCAUCAGUGGGAGGAUUGCGUCGAUGACCCCUACCAGCCUCCACAGGUUCCUUAUGCUUCACGGUUGUUCAAAUACAUACCUCCUCCGAACACUCCGUCUUGGCCCUCUAAUCCUGCCUCAGAUGCUCAAAGCCAAAAACCCAGACGAGGUCAUGCACUUCGAAUACGUUACGGCCGCGGCGGUAGAGUACAUAUUGAUCGCAGAAACUUAUCUGCCCGGCCAAUUACCUACAGAGCACGCCCACCUUCCCCCUUCAAUUCAAAUGAUGGGAUGGUCAUUGACGACGACGGAGCUGAGCUCGAAGCAAGAAGGCGUUUGGAAGAGCAAUGGAAGUUCGACGCAGAUGACAUGCCAGCUGUUGGUCCAGAAGGCUCCGAUGAGCAGGAUAGAGUUUUGGUCGAUGAUUAUGACUUAAAGUAUCUGAAGUACAGGAUGUCCCUAUUUUCCGAUAUCGAUCACCACCAUCACAUCGUCACCGAUCCGUCUUUGCUCAUACAAAACGCUGAGGGUCGUCAACAGAUGAUAUUGCCGUUCAGAUUAGGCAUGCCGCCGUUUAUGCGACGAGAUGCGCAAGGAGCCACGCGUGCGUGUCCACCUGGGACGUCCCCUACUCAUCCUCUAGCGAUGGUACCAGUUGGCACCCCAAUAUCGAUGCAGCACCACAUCAGAAAGAUGCCUCCGCCUAGCUCUAUCCCACAAAUGCGCAUCUCAUCCAAUGGCGGAAUGCGCCCUUCUGUGAUCCCUGUAUCAAACCUGCAGACAAAUGGCUUACCAACCGUCAUUUCACCCCCUCAUUCUCUUCCCAUUCCCAGUCCUCAUCAACCAAGCCCCAACGGUACUAGUGGGAUGGCCCGUCCUGCCAUUUCUAUGCCACACGUGGACCUAGUGAAACCCGAUUUGACUCAAAUUGGGAGCGUUGCUCUGCAACAGUCAGACAGUGGGAAUCCAGCUCUGGACGGCGACACACCUUCACGUCCGAAGUCUCAGAAUCAGCAACAAAUGGUGUCUACCAAUGGAUUCCAUUUGACGCCUAUGACGCCCAUUGCGGCAGCAGCCCUUGCAAACACGACUCAAGCAACCGGACAAAGGAGCCUCAGUUUGCAGCAGGUUCAAGAAUUGAAGUCAGCGUUUGCUAACCUGCCGACAACGGAUUUUACACCCGCCAACGGCCGAACUUAUAUGCAGAUACCCAAUGGCAACCACAUGGGUGUGCAGAUGCCUAUUGGCAACAGCAUGAACUCAAAGUUAUCACCUGCAAAGCAAAUGCAGUGGUCAAUGGGAACAGCGUUACAGAGGACGCCGACGGCCAUGAAUGUGGUGGACGCUCAAGCGCUCAAUGGAUCUACUCUCAAUGCUGGCCACGCACAAGUACCCGUGCGCCCCCCAUCGAUGAACGGACCUCGGCCAAUGGUUCGGAAUGGUGUCCAACACAUCAACGGGCACAUGCCAUCUUCUCCUCUUCAGGCUUCCCCCUCACCUGCCUACCCCGCUGUCUUAUCACUACAAGCCAACGACCCCUUGUUUCACUCUUUGCCCCACCCGCCAAUGACGCCAGCAUCGUCCACUCUGCAAAACCAACAGGCUGUAGGAGGCACACAGAGCGGUUACUAAGUAGCUCCAACUCACAUCACCCGCGAUUCAGAUGACUCUUCUACCAGCUUAUAUCUGUCGCAUGACAUUUUCUCUUCCAUUCUCAUUUUAGUCUUUUUUCAAUCUUUGCCCUUGUGUGUAUUUUUCUGUGAUAUCAAGAGC